AUGGCUGCGACGCAGGCAGAGACUCAGCGUAGCGAAGCGAACGUUGAGCAGAAUCCAUCGGAGCAGCUCAGUGAAUCUCGGAACGCUUUGUUACAAAACGGCACCGACAAAUCCGUCGGGCGCGUUCCGCCCGAUGGCGUCGUGAACACAAAGAGUAAAUCGCCGAUGUCGGCCGAACCGGGGCAGCCACGCGACGGUGGCGACGUGCCCGGUCACGAUCGAGGCGGUGAAAGGCCAGUUACAGACCAGUACGGCCAGUAUAGAUAUCCUGAAAGUGCGGAAGCUUACUAUGCGUCUCGGCCUGGAUUUCCCGGCAAAUCACGGCCUCCUUCGCAACAACCGCGCUUUUUCCCUGGACAAUCAGUGUCGCAGGCGCCCGGCCCCACGCCUACGCUCAACUCGUUAUUGCAGUCGAGUGGGGCACCGCCUCACCGUUAUCCUAAUAGUUAUGAGCAGCCUCCAGCGGGCUAUGGCCCAGCUCCUGGUUGGCCGCAGCACAGGCCUAUGGCGCCUUACAACCCACAGAGCCCAUAUAGAAAUUCUACGCCGCCUCGGGGCUACGGAGGCCCCCAAUAUGCGGGAGCCCCAGGCGGACCACAACAGCCCCCGGGCGCUUACGGGCCGCCAGGCUCAUAUCCUCAACGGUAUCCACCGCCGCCAGGUCCCCCGGGUGCACCUAACUCAAGACCGCCGUUCUCGCCACAUCAGGGUUAUGAGCGAGGCGGUUCACCUCAGCCUCCGACUCAACCGCCGGGUGCGCCGAGCCCUGGUGCUGCUCAAAGCGCACCCGGCGCCAUGUCACCUACGCAAGACUCCCAGCAUCCUCCACAUAUGCCGCCACAUGGAGUUCAACCUCCGCCACAUCAGGGAUAUCCACCACCGCCGAGGCCUCCUCAGCCGUCCACCCCAAACGCACACGAUCCAGAUUCGGAUCUGACCGGUCAGAACAGCAAUGACUCUGGCGGUAGCGGCGGCGCGGGGCGCGCUACCACACCGCACCUGAGACCGACGCCAAGCCCAACCGGCUCAAGCGGCUCUCGCUCCAUGUCACCGGCUGUUGGCACGCAGAACGUAGCGAUGCCGCCGCGAACGUCGUCGUCUUUAUCGGACGGCAGCGGGCCGACGGCGCGUCCCGGUGCGGGCGGGGCGCCCGGGGCGCCGACUCCUGGAGCCGGCCCGCCACCUGGCGCUAUGGUAGCUCAACCAUACGCGCAUCAUCCAGCUUACAAAGCACCACAUUACCCACCACCGCCACAACCCUAUGGCUACCCGCCUAGGAACCAUCAUCCGUAUCCAUAUGGAUAUCGUCCACCGCCCCCACCACAUCCACCGCAGCAUUACCCGCCACUUAAGCAGCAACCCCGCCACAUGGGUCCGCCAGGCCCAGGUGGACCGGGUGGUCCUGGUGCGCCUGAAGGUGCUAUGCCGCCACCAACCGCACCUGCGGAACCACAUGAUAACGGGCCUGCGGCACCCGCGACUGCACUUGUAACCACUGGACCUGAUGGAGCGGCGUUAGAUGAAGGCAGCCAACAAAGCACGCUCAGUAAUGCUUCGGCGGCAUCCGGCGAAGAAGCGUGCGGCGGGGGCUCGGGUUCGAGCAAGGGCGGUUCCCGCAAGGAGUACGGCGCAGGCAGCGCAGCGCCCUCUCCCUCGCCUGGCGGCGGUUCGCAUUCCUCACUACACGAUGACUACGACGCGUCGCCCUCCUCGUGGCCGCGUCCGCCUUCUAGUCCCGUAUUUAACAGUCACAUACCGCCGGAGUCCUACAGAUCAAAGGUUUAUAUCAAGUUAAAGAUCAUUAGCAUGUGUAGUGCUCGAUAUGAUUAA